AUGAGCUCAAACAACGAGCCCGGGACACGGCCUGCGCCACCUCAACCCGCAUCGCCAGACCCUCGAUCGAAACGCAGACCAGGCCGCAUAUUCAAAAACCCCAAUCGAAGCAGCUCCUCUCGAUCCGCUCGAACCUCCCGAUCCCGCUCCGGUCCCUACGACCGUCCCUCGAACUCCCCCGUACCUACGCGAUCACAUACCCCCAAUCCAAAGACGAGAAUGUUGUCAAUGUUUGAAGCCCUGCCCGCAGAGGUAAUCGAGCAGAUUUUCCUACAUUCGUUGAAUCUCAAUCUUCCUCGAGCUUCGCCGUUCCUGAAUCGUGCCCUCUCCCGCGAGCACAUGUACCGCUCUCUUAUUCUCCUCGCCUUUUGGGAUGACGGAUCCAACAGCUCCGCUUGCGCUACAAUCAAUCGGAUAAUGGUGGGGCCGCUGAAAUACGUUCCUCUGUCAUCUGAGGACAGACAACGUCUGCAGAAAGAAGUAUUCAGAUGCAAAUGGUUCACGAUGGAACGCGUUCGCGCACAGGUCCCAACAUUGCAGAUCUUGACUAUCCAUAGAGAAUGGAUCAAUGCCGGUGUGGUCGUGGACGAAGAGCAGCAAGAUGAUUUCAAAAAAUUCCUCGCUCGAGAAACCGAUAAACCUAGGAGGUUUUACGGAGUGGGACCGCUACUGGACAGGCUUGCCCAUCAGAUAGAGCCACCGGAUUUCUACGAUAUCAUGGAUGGCCCGGAGGCAAAAAGCGACAAAAAUUCCUAUGAACUUGUUAUUGAGCCAAUGGUCUCAGUUCGCAUUGAGGUCUUCAAUAUGGGUGAGGUCACCCUCCCCGCGCUCAGUUUGGUGGAGUUUCCUGAGCAUCUUCUCCGAGGCCGCCGUAAUGGGUUCUUACCCGAAGAUGUUGAGUUCCUGGAGAUGUUGCGGAUGGCCUCAGCCAAUUCGCACGCUGGUACGCAGAAUAUGACCAAGACCACUGUCAACCGCGCGGCCUUGAAUGAGGGAAUUCAAAAUGCAAUCCGUACCCAGAACUACGACGCCAUGGUCUGUCUUCUCAAGAUUGACGAACAUUUCAUGCGUUGGUCUCUCGAGGAAGAUGGACGCAGCUCAGCGAACUACACGAUUCCCUCAGACCAUUUCCUCGCGGUUAUCCGCACUGGGCGUGACAACCCCCGUCUCAACCUAGCUUUCUUUGAGGCUUUGCUUCGUGCCAGCGCCGAGUCUGUACCAACCAAGUCAUCCGAAGUGACUGAAUGGAUUGUUGAUAACGUGGAGCUUGCAAAGCGCGAGCCAAACGCCGAGAACUUGAUGAACGCCAAGUUUGCACGUUGGUUGUCAGACUGGCAAAUGGGGUUGCCUAAAUUACUCCAGCGCCCUCAAGCUGGGCGCUCCCGCCAACAGGCAGGGGACUUCUAUUCGGGAGGUAUGUUCCCUGGGAGCUUCAACUCCGGGAAUACCAGCAGCCAGCUCUUCGUGAAAGGACGCUUGAGCGUGGAGGGUCAACAAGGUUAUCGUUUCUACAAGGAAGUCCUUCAUCCUGAUCGUAAACCUUAUGGCAAUUGGCUCGAGGAGAGCUCAUUCCGGACUGAGGAUUACUGGGUGAAGGACCCCAGUCCCACGCAUCCUGCAUAA